GCCAGGGCGUCGGCCGCGAGCUUUCAAACGGAACCGCGUUCGAAACGGCCGCCGACUGCUUUGCAACCGCACAGCCAGCAAAAGGAAGCUUUUGUAAAAGUCAGUGUUUGUGAUAAUUUAAUUAUUCUUCUGGAAAUAAUCAACAGCUCGAAUGAAACAUUACAUGAAAUAACUCUGAGUCAAGUUUGUUAAAAUCUGUUAUAUCAUGGGUCGACUUACAGUGGAUCUAAUCGCUAAAAAUAGUAUCCAUGUAAAGAACAGAAGAGAUGAACCGUUGGAACAAUACCUAAAAAAAUUGACUCAUCUAAAUUUUUCAAACAAGAAUAUUGAUGAGAUUGAUGACCUCCCGGUAUGCAAGAACCUGUCUGUUUUAUAUUUAUAUGACAACAACAUCACACAGAUUCAUAAUUUAGAUUUUGCAAUUAAUCUCACCCAUCUGUACCUGCAGAACAAUAAUAUAACACACAUUGCAAAUCUCUCCUCGCUACAAAACCUCACUAAAUUGUAUCUAGGUGGCAAUUGCAUUUCUGUAGUGGAAGAGUUGGAAGGAUUAACAGAGCUUCGAGAAUUGCAUGUAGAGAACCAGCGCCUUCCCCUUGGAGAGAAGCUGCUGUUUGAUCCUAGGACUCUCCAAUCUCUAAAAAAAUCCUUGUGUGUUUUGAACAUCAAGAAGAAUAGUAUUGAUGAGAUAAAAGAAUUGGCUUGUCUUGGGAACCUGAAUCAGUUUAUGGCUGAAGACAAUCAUAUUCAAGAUAUAAAGGAACUGGAAUAUGUCUUGAGCCAAUGGCAAAAACUCUGGUAUCUGAACCUGAGUGGAAAUCCUGUCUGCCAGAAAGCAAAAUACAGGGAUAAAAUAAUGGUGUUGUCUACAAGCCUAGAGGUCCUUGAUGGAAAAGAGAUAAAUAAUACAGUCAGACAGUUUUUAUUAAACUGGAAAGCUUUCCGAGAAGCCAAGAAGAAAAUUGCCACGGAAAAGCCAGAGGAGCAGGCUACACAACAGACGUUAGAUCAUCCACAAGUAAUUCGGAAUCAUGCACUUAGAAGCUAUACAACUCCUGGUAUUCGUAGAUUCAGGAAACCUGUUGAUCAUCUUACGAAGACUCCCAGCUUUUCAUACUCUAGAGAUGAUGGAAAAAGUGUUUUACCACCAGUACUUGAAUCUAAGGGCAUGGGUGAUGGUGUGGAAAGAAUCGGGACACAACCAGUCAGAUUUUUGUUGAUGCCUUCUCACAUGGUGACUAAGAAUCACGGUUUAAGGAAAACUUCCUCCUUUGCGUCAGAGCAGAAUAUUGCUGAACCUCAGGUCCAACAUCACUGACACUGCCAACUGAGAUCGAAGAUCCAAACAAUAUAAUCACCAUUCACUGAUGUUGGAAACGCAUUAGUCAUAUUUUGUUUUAUUUUGAAAGAUACGAAUGUGAUUAUUUACUCAAAUUUAUUUCAUUAAAUGUGCUGUCGAAGUAUUUUGUCGUUUUUAAAAAAUAAUAAUAUUUAGGUUGGGUAAAUUCAUAAAAAACAUACUAAACAGUUUAGUAGCAAAAAUAGCCACACGUUGUGAAUUGAUUUUCGGGUUGUAGUCAAAAAGUUCACCAUGUUUUAACUUCACUUUCUUGUGUUCGGUAAUAUUAAAAUUCUGUCACAA